ACAUCCAUGAGAUGAGAGACCAAAAACAAAAAUAUAACUAAUUUAAUAGAAGCAUCACUUCCCUCAUAUGUGUAUCUUCUUCAAAAACAACAAGAGAGAAGGUUGAGAGAUAGAUAGAUUAUUUGGAAGAAUCUAUCUUCGAUAAUCAUGAUGAGAUUCACAACCAUAAUACUAUCCUUCCUUAUAAUCAUUCAAGCCCUAGGAGAGGACCGUAUCCUAGUCUAUGCUCAUGAAGGAGGAUAUGCUGGUCAAAAGAGUCCUGAUACAUCGAUACUACAUCCUAAAGAAUCGUAUGACUUUGCCAACAUUUCUGCACCGAGGAAACUAAUGUACGGGAGAACAAUGAGAACUGCACUGGCUAGAGCCAAAAAAGAGCAAGUGAGGGCGAUAAAUAAUGAUGAAUGGAUUUCGAAAAUUUCAGGUGGAUCAAAACAUUUGAUGAUGGAGAGAAAAGUAGGGUUUCAUAAAAGAAGCAAGAGUUCUUCAUUUAAAUGGAAACCCAAUAAGAAGAAAGCUUCUGGUCGAUUUGUAGCUUUCUGUGAUGACUAUCGUGGACCGGCAAGUCAUCCUCCUAGACAUAACCUAUAAUUACAACAGCCAGAAUAUAUAGUUUGGGGUAAUAUUUGUAGCAUUUGUAUAUUUUCUUUAGUUAGUCUUACGCUUAUAAGCUUCGGUAAUCAUUUUAAGUUUGGUGUAAUAUUUGUAGCAUUUGUAUAUUUUCUUUAGUUAAUCUUACGCUUAUAAGCUUCGGUAAUCAUUUUAAGUUUUGUACAAAUAACACUUUUUCCCAGUCUUUAUAAAAGCGAA